AUGAUCCCAAUGCAAAAGAAGCUCCCAGAUCCCAGACCCAAUAGGACUGGAGCAAUGGCCCACUAUUUCAGCCUGCCGGUCCUGGCAGAAGUGAUCAAGGAAGUGGAAACCGGCUCAAUGCACUCUUUCGACAACUCGGCCAGAGCAUUGGCAAACGCAGUGCUUAACCACUACUUCCCCGCCACCGAGGGCUGGAUCGUUGCACCGGGACCGCGAAACAGCACCGCCCCAGACCUGUUAGUUCUCCGCACCAAACAGCCUUCUCAGACCCACCGAUUCAUGAUCGACCAUACCGUGGCCGGGGUUUCGAAGAAAAUGACUGAUUUCGAUAUCGCUUUGAAUCAGCUUGAGGGUGCCCUGGAAGUUUCCACCAUUGAGUAUGGCCGGUGCUGGGCUGUGCUCUUCCAUGGCGCCGAUGUGCUCUUCUACAAGUAUCAACAGUAUCUGCCUAAAGGUCAGCGCAUGGUUCCUGCGGGCCCGCCUUCACAGCCGAAAAAACACAUAUUUCAGGUUGGGAGCGAUGGGGUUCAGAUUCAUCAGAUGUUGACUUGGAUGUCGAGACAUGAUAUUCCGAGUCCUACUACCCAGUUCGCUAAACGUGUUGUGUGCAAUGGCGGAGGCAAGUGA